UAAAAGAACCUCAAGUCAUGGGGCUAGUAUUUAAAGUGAGCUGCAAAGAAUCUUUUUGCAACUAUCACUCACUCACUGGGUUCACCCAAACACUUCAAAAGAUGAAAGAGAGAGCCAUGGGCACCAUCCCUGCUGACACCUUUGCACUGGAGUUAAAGCAGAUGGAUGGCCACGACGCAGCCACCACCGCUGCCGCGUCGGAAAGGGCCAAAUGGCUGCUCAGCUCCCCCAACCCGCCAGCUCCAUGGCAGGAACUCUCCAGCUCCAUAAAGGAAACCGUCUGUUUUCCUGCAGCGAAAAACGGACAACCUCAGGCAAACAGGCCUGUCCUCUUCUUGCAAGGCUUGUUCCCAAUCCUUAAAUGGGGAAGGAAUUACAAAGCUACCAAGUUCAAGAAUGAUGUCAUGGCUGGCUUAACUCUCGCCAGCCUCUGCAUUCCUCAGAGUAUUGGUUACGCUAAUCUGGCAAAGCUUGACCCUCAAUACGGUCUAUACACGAGCGUGGUUCCGCCUUUGAUAUAUGCUCUCAUGGGGAGUUCGAGAGAGAUUGCCAUCGGCCCUGUCGCGGUGGUUUCACUGCUUCUUUCAGCUAUGAUUUCGAAGCUGGUCGAUCCUAACGUUGAUCCGGCCGCCUAUUUAAGAAUAAUCUUCACUGUCACCUUCUUCACCGGCACAUUCCAGGCGCUGUUUGGAUUGUUCAGGUUGGGAUUUCUGAUAGAUUUCCUGUCGCAUGCUGCAAUAGUAGGAUUCAUGGGCGGUGCAGCCAUUGUAAUUGGGCUGCAACAGCUGAAGGGAUUGCUUGGACUUACCCAUUUCACCACAAAAACUGAUGUUGUGUCUGUGCUUGGAGCUGUUGUCAAAGCACUUCAUGAGGAAUGGUAUCCAUUGAACUUUGUCCUUGGAUGUUCAUUCUUGAUCUUCAUCCUGACCACCCGAUUCAUCGGCAGAAGAAACAAGAAACUCUUCUGGAUACCAGCCAUGGCUCCUCUUUUCUCCGUCAUACUAUCCACCUUAAUAGUCUACCUGACGAAGGCCGACCGACACGGCGUUAAAAUCGUGAAGCACUUCAAAGGAGGCCUGAAUCUGAGCUCAGUUCAUCAGUUGAACUUUGGAGGUCCAUAUGUUGGUGAAGCAGCAAAAAUUGGGCUAAUUUGUUCACUCAUAGCUCUCACUGAAGCUAUUGCAGUUGGGAGAUCAUUUGCUUCCAUUAAAGGGUACCAUCUUGAUGGGAACAAGGAAAUGGUGGCAAUGGGAUUUAUGAACAUUGUUGGAUCUCUUACUUCUUGCUACACAGCCACUGGUUCAUUUUCCAGGACGGCGGUGAACUUCACUGCAGGGUGUGAGACCGUGGUGUCCAACAUUGUUAUGGCAAUCACAGUCUUGAUAUCGCUGCUGCUAUUCACCAGGCUCUUGUACUACACCCCACUCGCCAUUCUGGCUUCAAUCAUCUUGUCCGCACUGCCUGGACUUAUCGACGUCAACGCAGCCUAUAACAUCUGGAAGGUGGACAAGUUGGAUUUCGUGGUCUGUCUUGGCGCCUUCUUCGGGGUCUUGUUUGGCUCUGUCGAAAUCGGGCUUCUUGUCGCGGUGGGCAUCUCAUUUGGCAAGAUAAUAUUGAGUUCGAUCAAACCUAGUACAGAAGUACUAGGAAACCUUCCCGGGACAGACAUCUUCUGCAACACAGUACAAUAUCCUAUGGCCACCAAACUUCCCGGCAUCUCCAUUUUUCGUAUUAAUUCUGCAACACUCUGCUUCGCUAAUGCUAAUUUCAUACGAGAAAGGAUCUUAAAGUGGGUGGCGGACGACAUGGAAGAAACUACUAAAGGAGGAAUUCGUGUGAUGAUCCUCGACAUGACCAAUGUGAUGAACAUCGACACUUCGGGAAUUCAUGCUAUGGAAGAACUGCACAAGGAAUUAAUUUCACAAGGGAUAGAAUUAGCAGUGGCGAAUCCCAGGUGGCAAGUGAUUAGCAAGAUGAAGGUGGCAAAGUUGGUGGAUAAAAUUGGAUCAGGGUGGAUUUUCUUCUCUGUAGCGGACGCUGUCGACGCUUCUCUUCAUCUCAAAAUGAAUAGUUGUUAAUAACCUUAUAAUUAGAAUAAUUCCAUUUCUAAUGGAAAUCUUACUACAUAAGAUGUCCAUCAUUAAAACUUGAUGUUGUCAUAAGAAUGUGAAGGAGGAAUAUGAUGAUCAUAAGCCAAUGUUAGUUCUUGCAUUGUGAAGUAUUGUACUAUUUUACCUACCUCCAUAUACUCGAUUAACAUGGCUUUGUUUGUUAUUGUUUUCA